AUGGCGGGAGCCCCGCCCCCUUCGCCCUCCCCUCACGGCGCCGCCGCCGCCCGCCCCUCAGCGCGCGUGCGCCAGGCGCGCUCCCGCCUCUCCGGCCUCCCCUCAGCGCGCGUGCGCUGGGCGCGCUCCCGCGGAAUGUCCGCGUGGGAAGGGACCCGCGGGGAUCGAGGAAUGUCCGCGUGGGAAGGGACCCGCGGGGAUCGGGAAAUAUCCCCGUGGGAAGGGACCCGCGGGGAUCAGGAAAUAUCCCCGUGGGAAGUGACCCGCGGGGAUCGGGGAAUGUCCCUGGGUUGUCCCCAAGAAUGUCCCCGCAGGAAGGGACACUCCAGCCUCAUCCAGCCCCCGCACAGGACACUGCGCGCUCCUGCAGGGUCACGGAGCGUCCCGCGUGGGGACACGGGGACGCAGUUACCGGUGACAGAGCCGCCCGCGCGACAGUCCCCGCGCCGCCACCCGCCGUUGGCACUCGGACACGGCGAGCCAACCGCUGCUGGCCAGCGGGCUGGUGGCACCUGGGGCUGGCACUGCGGUGGCAGCCCCUCGGUGACAAACCUGCAGCAGGUGCCAGAGCCUCGGGGGUGGCACAUUGGUGGCACCCCCUUGGUGACAAACCUGCAGCCAUCCCCGUGCUCCCUGGCCAUGCUGCGGUGCCACGUGGUCGCCGCCCACAUUCCCGGGGCCACCAGCUUCGGUCCCGGUGUCCUGCUGUCCGUCAGCUUCCGAGGUGUCCCCAGGAGAACCCAGGUGGUGCCCGAGGAGCACAGCCUCACCUGGAAUGAGGAGCUGGUGUGGCCACUGGACACAUGUCCCCUGAGUGCCACGGACACGCUGGCCCUGCGCUUGCGGCGUGGGGACUGCCCACUGCCCCAGGGGGACCUGGGUGCCACCACGGUGUCGUUGGGCGAGCUGGUGGCCAACCCCAGCCUGCCGAUGGCCAUCAGGGACAUCCCACUGCUGGACCACCGGGACCGACCCACGGGGUGCAAAGUCACCCUCCGCUGCUACCACGACCCACGUGGCGCGGUCGAGGACGUCCCUGUCACCACCAUGCACGGCCAGGUGGCCCUGGAGUCACCGGGGGUGGCACCCAAGGAGAGGAAAGAGGAUUUCCAGGUCCGGGUGAGGGUCAUCAAGGGCCGCCAGCUGCGGGGCAAUGACAUCAGACCCGUGGUGAAGGUGCAGAUCGGGAAGCAGAACUUCCGCAGCCGCAGCCGCAGCGGGAACAACCCCUACUUCAACGAGGUGCUCCGUUCACCAAGCACCUGCACCAAACCCGUCAUCGGCAUCUUCGAGCUCGAUGUCGGCACCAUCUACUCUGCCCCAGGUAAUGACAAGGCAGGCCCUGCGCUGCCACCGCGGUGGCGGCGGUGCCACCGAGGAGGUGACGGCGGUGUCCCCGGCGGGGCAGGGCGCAGCCUGAGCGGGAAGUGGCUGAGCCUGCAGCACCCGCGGCACCACGACGGCCGCUCGCAGGGCUUCCUGCAGGUCAGCCUCAUGGUGCGCCGCGCCGGCGAGCGCGCCCAGGAGCAGGAGGUGCCGGCGGGGGACGAGGAUGUGGAGGCCAACCUGCUGCGGCCACCGCCCUGCGCCACCACGCUGCAGAUCCGCGUGUUCCGCGCCGAGGACCUGCCGUGGGCGGAGCCGGCACAGCCGUGCCUGGGCGGCGCCGCGGGCUCGCUGAAGGUGUCGGUGCGGGUCGGCUUUGCGGGCAGGACGCUCUGCACCCGCGGGGUGCCCGCCGAGGCCAGCCCCGAGUGGAACGAGGUUUUGUUCUUCCCCCUGCGGGUGAGGAGCGCCCCCGGCCCCAAACAGGGGCACCCCAAAAAAGGGGACACCCCCAUUUCCACAGCCACACUCGGCGCUGUUCUGUCCCUGCAGCUGCCCCCCAUCUGUGACGAGAUCCUGCUGGAAAUCCUGCAUGGGUCGUGCCGAAGCAAAGCCGUUGGCAGGGCCACCCUGAGGCUGUCCCAAAUCUCCCGGGACCCCGACGAGCUCGAGGAGGGGACCCCCGGGUUCUUGCCCUCCUUUGGGCCCAGCUUCCUGCCCUUCUACGGCCCCCGGCCGGACGCUGCCCGGGACUCGGGGCCGGUUUAUCGGGGCCGGCUGCUGCUGGAGCUCUACACCCACAUGGGGACCCCGCCCGGGCGCCAGCGCGACGCCGUGGCCCCCGUGGACGCCGAGCGGGCGCAGAGACGCCUGCCCCGCUGCCAGCUGGGGCUCUGUGGGGUUUUCUACUCGGCCACCACGGUGCCAGGCGGCCCCGAGGCGCUGAGCCUGGAGCUGGGCAUCGGCAGCGCCGCGGCCGCCACCGCGCCGGCCGUGCCCGCGUUCGACGGGAACCUCUACCACCACCUGCCGUGGUUUGGGGACAAACCAGUGGCUGCUGUCACCUCUCUGUGGGAGGACGCCGGGCACCGCUGGGACAGCCUGAACCUCCUGCGAGCCCUGUGCCACCACCUGGAGAGGAACCUGGCCAAGCUGCAGGGACAACGUGGGGACACCGCCAGGGACAGCAGGAGGAAGCUGCUGCGGGAGCUGGAACAGGACUGCGAGGCCGCCCUGCAGUGCCUGGAGGAGCAGCCUGCUCUGACAGCCCUGGACCAGCAGCUCCGGAGCUGCCGGCGCCGCCUCCUGCUGUGGCUGCAGCGCGAGGCCAGAGCCGAUGGCCGGCACAGGGACACCCUGGGGACAGUGGCCCAGGGGUGGCUGCGGCGCGCGGCCGCACUGGCCGUGGAGCCCCAGGCCGGUGUCCCCGAUGUGCAGCUGUGGCUGCUGCAGGGCCAGCUCCGGGUGGCCUCAGCCCGUGUCCCCGCCACCGAUGUCCUGCACUCCCCACGCGGCCCCGGUGCCUGCGGCCGCCUCUGCAGGAGGAUCCUCACCCUGUUCCUGGGCUGCGGGGACACCCAGGCCCAGGUGCGGGUCUGGCUGUGGCUGGGGCGAGUGGACGAGAGCGGCGAGCUGGUGCGGCAGCUCGGGGGGAGCCUGCGCUUCUACAGCGAGAUGUUCGAGAACCAGACGCGGCUGUUGGGGAAAUGGGGGCCCCGGAGGCUUUUGGGGCGCCCCGCGUUCUCCGACAGCUCCGGCCUGGCCGUGCCCCCCCCGGAUGAGCUGCGGCCCCCCAAGGGCUGGCACUGGGACGGGCCCUGGAGCGUGGAGCGGCCGCGGCGGGUGCUGGCACGGGCGGAGGGCGAGGGGAGCGUGGUGCUGGAGGAGCUCUAUGAGAACCAGAGCCGAGACCCCAGCGGGGGCUGGGCCAGCACGGCCAGCACAGAUGCCGUGAGUGAGGGACAGCAUGGGGACAGCGCGGGUGACACCAGAGUGUCGCGGCUCAGCGCCCGCCUGGUUUUGCAGAAGGGAGUGGCAGUGCCACCAAAGGAGGAGGUAGUGUGUCCCCAGGGCUGGCGUGUCACCAGUGACUGGCAAGUGGACAUGGAGGGGGCUGAGGAUGAGGACGGUUGGCAGUACGGGGUGGGCACGGAGGAUGGCAGCCCCCCGGCAGUGUGGCACAGCAAGGGACAGCAGUGUCACACCCUCCGGCGCCGGCGCUGGGUCCGGGUCCGCCACAGGGACAGCGACAGCUGGACACAGGAGCAGGACACGGACACCUGCAGCACCCUGGUGACACACAUGGGGACAGGGACGGCGGACCCAGAGGAGCUGUGGGAGGACGAGGCCUGGCAGCCCGAGUGCUUCUGGGGCUGCACCUUCCAGCCCAAGGUCCCGGCCGGUCCCCGGUGCCGCCGGCGGCGCUGGCAGCGCAGCCUGGUGCCCGCCGAGCCCGCGGCCGUGGCACCGCUCUUCCUGCUCCAGGGAGCCCCGGACGCCAAGGAGCUGGCCCAGGACAGUCCAGCGGUGGCCCUGCAGCAGCCGCCCCCCUUCAUCCUCUGCACCUUCCAACGGCCCGGCCGUUUCCAGCUCCGCUGUUACAUCUUCCAGGCGCUGGAUCUGGCGCCCGGCAGCGCCAGGACCUCCAUAGGUGGGACCCCCCACCCCCGGGUGCCGCCCCACCUGCAGCCCGGGGCGCUGACGGUGUGGCUGUCCCCAGAUGCCACCGCGCACGUGUCGUUCGUGUCCCUGAGCCAGAGCACGCGGGUGGUGCGCGGGGCGCUGGACCCGCAGUGGGAGCAGACGCUGCUCUUCCCCCGGGUGCCGCUGUUCGGGGACCCCCGAGGCGUCCGGAAGGACCCUCCCGCCGUGGUGGUGGAGGUGUGCGACCAGAGGGGGCAGGACACCGCGGUGCUCCUGGGCCGCUGUGUGUGCAUCCCGCGGGUCUGGCUGGACGCGGCGCUCCGGGAGCCGCCUCGGCUCCGGCCCACCCGCUGCGGGGGCCGCGGGGCCCGGCCGGGGAGCUGCUGGCGGCCUUCGAGCUCCUGCGCGAGCCCGAGCCUCCCGCCCCUGAGGAAGGACGGGUUCGGCCUCCCCCCGGAGCUGCGGCCACGCCUGCAGAGGGUGGCGCUGGAGGUGCUGGCCUGGGGGCUGCGGGGGCUGCGCGGGACCGUGCGAGAGCCGCGGCUGGAGCUGCAGUGGGGGGAGCAGAGCCUGUGGGCCCCCCCGAUCCAGGACAUGGCCACCAACCCCAACUUCCCCAGCAACGCCUUCCUGCUCACCCUGGUGAGGGCGGGACGGGGGCGGGCAGCGGGCGCCUGUGUGGCCGCCGGUGACCGGGCUGUCCCCGCGCUGUCCCCGCAGGCGCUGCCCGAGGAGGAGCGGUUCGUGCCGCCCAUCCGCCUGCGGCUCUGGCACCGUGCGGGCACCGAGCGGCGGCUGCUGCUGGGCCAGGCCAGCGUCAGGGACCUGGGCCAGUACCGCUGCCCCCCGCCCUGCCAGGAGCAGCUGCUGGGCUCCGGCAGGCCCGGCCACGGUUCUGACACGGUUGUGUCAAUGCCAGAUGAGCUCCUUUCCGUGCCCGUCUCCUCCAGCCCCUGCAGACGCUGGUGUUCCAUGUUCCUGGCCACAGCCCCGGCCAGGAUGGCUCAGGACCUGCUGGGCUACCUCAGGAAGAAGCGGGCUGAGGACGAGGAUGAGGCAGAUGAGGAAGAGGAGGAGGAGGACAGUGAGGACGAGGAUGAGGACAUGGAGGAGGAGGAGGAGGAGGAGGAGAGGGACUGGUGGAGCAAAUUCUACGCGUCCAUGGAGGACAAGGACCCCAAAUCCCCGUGGGGAACCAACGGGGACAGACUGAAGAUCUACGGCUGCGAGCUGGAGGAGGUGCCCGAGUUCGAGGGGCUGCAGGAUUUCUGCCAGACCUUCCCCCUCUCCAAACCCGGCCGUGCCCCCGAGCCCGUGGGCAGCUUCAAGGGGCUGUUCCGCAUCUACCCCGUGCCCGAGGAGGGCGGAGCCGCCUCCGCUCCUCGCUGCUUCCAGCGCCUGCCGCCCCGCCAGCCGCAGCCGUGCCUGGUGCGCGUCUACGUCGUGCGAGCCUUCGACCUGUCCCCCCGCGAUGUCACCGGGCUGAGCGAUCCCUACGUGCGGGUGACGCUGGGCAAGAAGACGCUGGGACAGCGGGACCAGUACGUGCCCAACACCCUGGAGCCCGUCUUUGGCAGGAUGUUCGAGCUGACGGCCACCAUCCCCCUCGAGAAGGACCUGCGGGUGACAAUCAUGGACCACGACAAGGUGCCACCUGACCAGGAGAUUGGCAGCACCACCAUCGACCUGGAGGACCGGCUGCUGUCCCACCACCGUGCCCACUGCGGGCUGCCCACCCUGUACCACACCGCGGGCCCCGCGUGCUGGCGGGACCAGCUGUGCCCCAGCCGUGCCCUGGAGCUCCUGGCGGGCACCCGGGGGCUGCCCGGGCCCCGCUACAGCCACGGGGGCACCGCCCUGAGCCUGAACGGGCAGCGCUUCAAGCUGCACCACUUCGAGCGGGGCCACCCCCCGCCCCGACACGCCGGGGCCCCCCGGGAGCGCCUGGCCCUGCACGUGCUGAACCUGUGCGAGCUCGUCCCGGAGCACCUGGAGACCCGCGGGCUGCAGAGCCGCGCCCAGCCCGGCCUGGAGCAGGGCAAGGUGCAGAUGUGGGUGGACAUUUUCCCCACCAGCCUCGGCCCCCCCGGGCCCCCCGUGAACAUCGACCCCCGCAAGGCUGAGGGGUACGAGCUGCGCUGCGUGGUGUGGAACGUGCGGGACACAAACCCUGGGGACAUCAACCUGCUGGGCCAGCACAUGAGUGACAUCUACGUGUCUGGGUGGCUGGACGGGCUCCCCGAGCAGCGGCAGCACACUGACAUCCACUAUCGCUCCCGGAACGGCCGCGGCGCCUUCAACUGGCGCUUCGUGUUCCCCUUCGAGUUCCUGGCGGCUGAGAAGCUCUGCGCCAUCCACCGCAAGGACCAUGUGUGGAGUUUGGACGAGACGCUGCUGAAAGUGCCGCCCAAGCUCAUCCUGCAGGUGUGGGACAAUGACAAGUUCAAGGCGGACGAUCUGCUGGGGAUCCUGGAGCUGGAGCUGACGCGGUUGCCCCGCCCGGCCCACAGCGCCCGCCUGUGCCGGGCCACGCCGCAGGAGCUGCCCUGGUUCUCCUGGGCCUGGCUCUCCCUGCCCCGGUUCUUCCGGGCCCGGCUCUCCCGGGCCUGGCUCUCCCUGGCCCGCUUCUCCUGGCUCUGGCUCCCCCUGGCCCGGCUCUCCCGGCGCUGGUGCCGCGCCCCGGUGCGGCAGCGCCCGACCCUGAACCUGUUCCGCAGGAGGAGGGCGCGGGGCUGGUGGCCCUGCACUGUGCAUGAGGACGGCGGCCAGCGGCUCUCGGGGAAGCUGGAGCUCAGCCUGGAGCUGCUGUCGGCGCAAGAGGCCGAGGAGCGGCCGGUGGGGAAGGGCCGGGAGGCGCCCAACAAGCACCCGACCCUGCCCGAGCCCAGGUGA